AUGGCUCACACUUGUAGCCCACAGUUCGUGAUGGCUCGCUCUGUCACUUGCACCACCUCUGGUUUCCUCUGUUUUUUAAGUGCUGUCACGUUGGCUGAAGCCAUGCUCCGGUCUUACUUUCUACAACCACGAUCACUUGGGUUCUGUAAUGGAGACUCUGAUUACAAAUGGUCAACCACUCUGGUUCUAGUCUCUCAGGCCGCUCUAGUAGCCAUAGGAUCCAUUGCUCCAGCGAGCAGAUGGUUUAGUGCAGUGAAAUUGAGGUGUCCAUCAUCAAGAGCAAAGAAAUGUCUGAGAGAAGACUUGAGAGUAGAGAGUUACUGGUCUGAGAGUCUCGUUGAGAAGAAAGAACGUCCCUUGAACCUAUGGAUGUUCCAUGGUCGUCGGAGCAGGAAGCUUGCACACGACUUAAACCAGUGGAUACUUGAUCUCUGCAUUGCAACACAAUAUGUAUGUGAUACUGUAGCAAACGCCGAAUCUUCACGAUCAAAUCUAUCGACGAGACGAUUUGUUCUGCAUCUUGAAGGAGAGGAGGAGCUGGUGGAUUUUAUGGCUCGGAGCAACCGUGAGGCCACAAACCAUUUGAUACAAAAGGGUCGGAAGAAACAACCAGUAAGCUUGAUAGAGCUCUUGGAGGCAACAAGUCCCAUCUCAAAAGGAUUUGAAGGGAUUCGAGAUUUUGACAGUGACGAGCCUUGCUCUCUCAAGAAGCUAGUGAAGGCUGUAAACGAGGCUUUAGUCUAUGUCAAAAAGUUCGAAGAGGUCUUAGACAUUGAAGGAGAGUUAGUUAACAGCAGGAAAGCUGCGGAGUUGAUCUCUACCAUAAGUGGCUCAACGUGGAUCUUCGAAAACUAUCCAAGCAACAGAGAACAAGACCACAAGAAGUUCUUAAAGAACUGCCCUCGCGCUGGCCCAUCAAGACACAAGCAGCAAACUCCAUGUACCGAAUCAGCCAAACUCCAUGUACCGAGAAACGUCGGAAGUGAGGAGGAGACUGUUUUGAAAGACGUGGAGAGGAUGGUGUCGGAUAUAGUAGCGGGAUGCUUUUGCAACACGGCAGAGGUGAUAGGGAUCAAGUGUUUGGUGACGGCGGUGGAAGUGAGGGAAGCGUCGGUGAGAGAAGCGGCGAUGCAUCUGGGGAGAACAGAGAAGAUACUUGAGAUCGUGGACAGGAGAUGCAUGCCUGCUUUGUCUCAACACAAAGUGGCAAAGAUUGAUGAAUGGAGAGAGUUUUAUAGGACUAAUCAAUCCAUCUCUUUCUCUCAUCCUUCGUCUCAGUUUACUACCCAUGAACUCAUUCUCGCUUUAGAUUAA